GUGACGUCAGUGUCAGCUGAUCAAUGUUUACGUCCAGAAUUGUGGCGACAUCUAUUGAAUGUUUAUGGGGGAAAACGAGAAGGUAAAAACAUAUUUUUUCGAAAUACAAUUGACACUAUAAAGCAGCGUCAAUUAACCGUCACAUCCAUAAGAGCACUUCGUUGACGAUAUCAACAGAGACUAAGCGAGUCCGUGAGGAUGGGAGGAGCCGUGAGUGCGGGGGAGGAUAACGAUGAGUUGAUUGACAACCUGAAGGAGGCUCAGUACAUCCGCUCGGACCUGGUGGAGCAGGCCUUUAGGGCCAUAGACAGGGCCGACUACUAUCUGGAAGAGUUCAGAGACAGUGCCUACAAGGACCUGGCCUGGAGGCACGGCAACAUCCACCUCUCAGCACCCUGCAUCUACUCCGAGGUGAUGGAGGCCUUGGAUCUCCAGCCUGGCCUGUCCUUCCUCAAUCUGGGCAGUGGUACGGGCUACCUCAGCACUAUGGUGGGACUCAUACUGGGUCCAUUUGGAGUGAACCAUGGGGUGGAGCUGCACCAAGAUGUCAUUGAGUAUGCAUACCAGAAACUGGAGUUUUUCAUCAAGACCAGCGACAGCUUCGACAGGUUUGAGUUCUGUGAGCCCUGCUUCGUGAUGGGGAACUGUCUGGAGAUAGCCCCAGAGAGUGGUCAGUAUGACAGGGUGUAUUGUGGAGCUGGGGUGCAGCAGGAGCAGGAAGACUACAUGAAGAACCUGCUCAAAGUGGAGGGAAUCCUAGUGCUGCCAUUGGAGGAGAAGUUGACCAAGAUCACUCGAACAGGCUACAACAGCUGGGAGACCAAAAACAUCAUUGCUGUGUCCUUUGCCCCACUGGUGUUGCCCAAACACAGAGAUAACAGUAAACCCAAAGCAGUGCCUUUACCGACCAUGUUUGAGGUGCGGACUCUGCAGGACUUGGCUCGCAUCUCUAUCCGUCUGACGUUAAAGAAGACAGUGGCGGGGCCAGGGCUGUUGCCCAGGAGGAGGUUGGCCCACAACGGGGAGCAGCUCCGGCGGGCCCAACACAGUGGCUCCACCCUGCUUUCCAACCGCUACGUAUUCAUGAGCCGCCUCAUCCCUGGGCCGAUGGACGACAACAACCGCUCAGACACAGAAGAGGAGGAAGAAGAGGGGAACUGCAGGAUUCUAGGAGAACCUGAGGAAGAGGAGGAGCAGGAGGAAGAGGGGGAGGAAAGUAGGGAGGGCGGUGCCCUUCUACAUGAGGCUCCAGUGAACCUGCUAAGAGAAAGGAUCCUGGGCCUGCCGCUCCCUGAGCCUCUGAAGAUGUACAUGCUCCACUACAGAGAGAAGUAGAGAGGGACAGGAGACAAGAAGCUGUGCUCCCAUUCUCUAACUUGUUACCAUCCCUAUGCUCUUGACUCCCCUUUAUGUAUACAAAAGUAAUUCAUGUGUAAGGAAUAGGCUGAUAACUCCACGGGAAUGGCUAAAAUGAGUUCCCAUCCGAAUUCAAACUGUAAGCCCUAGAAACUUCAUGUUGAAGUGAAUAACUAGAAGAAUUGGAUAAGUAGAAGCAAUAUGGUAAUAGCUCCAUCUCCCCCUUCCCCGAUAGCCUAGGUACACCUAUCUAAUCUACAGAGGUGCUUAAGGGGUAGAGGUCGAGGUUGGAAAAACAAGGAUUUAGGGUUUGGGAGCUUCCUUAGGGUCACCCCUACCCCCAGAAGCCCUCACCACCACCAGCAGCCCCCUAGGACUAUUCCAACAACCCCUCUGAACACUAGACUCAUCUCACUCAAUGCCCCACCCAUGAACUUUAUCUCCCCCUCUUUUGGGGUAUCUUGUCUCGUGCCUGACACUGGCACCCAGUCUCGAAGACCUUCUUUCCACCCUCUUUGAAUUUUGUAAAUGUGAUUUUUCUGAGAAUGAUGAUUUUGACUGUGACUGAACAAUUCAGGGGAGCUUUUGAGAUCAACUUACAAGAACUGAAAGCCCCAAAUGGUGUGGAAAUAUUUGCUCAUUCUGUGUUCACAUCUGUAAGAUCUUCUCGUAUCUUACUGUGUUCUGCAUUGAAUAUACUUGUUGAGAGCAGGGGUAUGCAGCUGCAGACCAUUUAUGUUAAGGCAAAUGUCAAGAGGGCUACAGGCAUGAAACAAGUAUAUUAACACAUUUUUACACAGUAUAGCAAAGAAAUUACCACAUUGACAAACAGCAUUACCCGAAUUCACUCUCAUUUUGUGAAUUCUUAUUUCUUCAACAUCAAAUAAUGGGAGACUGCAAAUGCCUUUGGACUGUAAGAACACCUUUGGAUUAGGAGUAGAAAGUGAGUGUGGGAAAGCUAUUUACUAUUAGGUUCUCAAAGCAGAUCUGUAAUUAAAGUAGUAAAUAAUGUACAGUGAGGUCCAAAGGUAUUUGGACAGUGAUACAUUAUUUUGUCUCUGUACUCCAGCACUUUGGAUUUAAAAUUGUACACUAUAUAUACAAAAGUAUGUGGACACCCCUUCAAAUUAGUGGGUUUGGGUAUUUCAGCCACACCCGUUGCUGACAGGUGUAGAAAAGCUCUCAGAACGGGCCCGCCGAGUACUGAAACAAGUAGCAUAUAAAAAUCGUCUCCUCGGUUACAACACUCAGUACCGAGUUCCAAACUACCCCAGGAAACAACGUCAGCACAAUAACUGUUCGUUGGGAGCUUCAUGAAAUGGGUUUCCAUGGCUGAGCAGCCACACACAGGCCUAAGCUAACCAUGUGCAAUCAAGCGUCGGCUGGAGUGGUGUGAAGCUCGCCGCCAUUGGACUCUGGAGCAGUGGUACGCGUUCUCUAAAGUGAUGAAUCACACUUCACCAUCUGGCAGUCCAACUGACAAAUCUGGGUUGGAAAAUGCCAGGAGAACGCUACCUGCCCCAAUGCAUAGUGCCAACUGUAAAGUUUGGUGGAGGAGGAAUAACAGUCUGGGGCUGUUUUUCAUGGUUCGGGCUAGGCCCCUUAGAUCCAGUGAAGGGAAAUCUUAACGCUACAGCAUACAAUGACAUUUUAGACGAUUCUGUGCUUCCAACUUUGUGGCAACAGUUUGGGGAAGGCUCUUUCCCGUAUCAGCAUGACAAUGCCCCAAUGCACAAAGCGAGAUCCGUACAGAAAUGGUUUGUCGAGAUCGGCGUGGAAGAGCCCUGACAACCCCAACGAACACCUUUGGGAUACAUUGAAACGCCGACUGCGAGCAAGCCCUAAUCGCCCAACCUCAUUAAUGUUCUUGUGGCUGAAUGGAAGCAAGCCCCCGCAGCAACGUUCCAACAUCUAGUAGAAAGCCUUCCCAGAAUAGUGGAGGCUGUUAUAGCAGCAAAAGUGGAUCAACUCCACAUUAACUCCCAUGAUUUUGGAUGAGAUGUUCGACAAGCAGGUGUCCACAUUCUUUUGGUAUGUAGUGUACAUUGAGGUUAAUGUGCGGGUUGUUGGCUUUAAUUUGAAGGUAUUUUCAUCCAUAUCGGGUGAACGGUUGAGAAGUUAAAGCACUUUUUGUACAUAGUCCCCCCCAUUUUAGAGAACCAAAAGUAUUAGGACAUUCACUUGUGUAUUAAACAGUCAAAAGUUUAGUAUUUGGUCCCAUAUUCCUAGCACACAAUGAUUACAUCAAGCUGUGACUCAACAAAUUUGUUGGCCUCAUUUGCAGUGUUUUGGUUGUUUCAGUUUAUUUUGUGCCCAAUAAAUAAUGUAUCGUCAUUUGAGUCACUUAGAGUAAAGAAUAUAUUUUUCUGAACCCUUCUACAUUGUGGAUGCUACCAUUGACUACAGAUAAUCCUGAAUGAGUGAGAAAGUUAGUGGCAAAAGAUCAUAACCCCAAGACAUGCUGACCUCUCGCUAUUUCUAAUAACAGGAGAGGUUAGCAUUUUGUGUGGUGGGUGUAUAUUUAUGCCUAACUUUCUCACUCAUUCAUGGGCACACAAUGUGAAACCAAACAAGAGUGCAAAUGCAUCCAAAAAAUAGUCACAAGCCUGAUAUCAUUGCAUGCUAGGAAUAUGGGACUAAAUUUUUGACUACUUUAAUGAGUGAACUUUCCAUGUUUGGUCCGCUAAAAUGGGGGGGGCGGAGGGAAACAUAUGAACAUAAAGUCCUGUAAUUUCCAAACGGUUCACCCGACAUGGAUGAAAUUACCCUAAAAUUAAAGCUGGCAGUCUGCACUUGAACCUCAGUCACUGUAUAAUUUUAGUACAGAGCCGAAACAAGAUAUGUCACUGUCCAAAUACAUUUGGACCUCACUGUGUGUAUCCACCUGUGAAGGAAUUUAAGCACUUAUUUGUCUACAUUGGAACCAGUGUGAUGGACUGUGUGUGUUAUGCUCCGAUGCUGUUGAGGUAUAAAAAGAAAAAUCUAAAAUGUUUUGUCUGAUGUUCUCAGUGCCAAACCUAUCCAGCACUCGACGGGUCCAAAUGUGUCUUGCUGUUCAGUUCUACAUGUCAAAUUGUUAAUCGAAGAAAAAAAUAAAUCAUGUGUAUUUAGAUUAAA